AUGGACUACGUGGAGGGCACUAAGCCCGGGGAGGUGCUGACCGAGCCCGCGCAUGUCGCCUCCCUCCGGGCGGCGGUGAGGACGCUGCACGAGCGCGGGUUCGUGUUCGGCGACCUGCGUCACCCGAACGUACUCGUCGUGGGCGAGAGGAUGGUACUGAUCGACUUCGACUGGUGCGGGAAGGCUGGCGAGGCGCGGUAUCCGAGCGACAUUCUUCUGGACGGCCAAAUUCCGUGGCACCACAGUGUACGGCGGGGCGGGCUUAUUGAGAAGGUGCACGGCAGGCAUCUUUUCCGCAUGAUUACGGGAGAGGAGCUGUGA